AUGCCGUGGGAUGUACGUGCAGACACACACAUACCUGCACAGUGGUACAUGGCCAAGCAUGAUUCUCUGAGCCAAACCAAGUGUGAACUCAUGCUUCUUGGCAAUACCGCUAUCAAAUAUGACAGCUUCCUGCUAUCAAUGGUUGCUAAGGAAGUAGUGGGUGUCUGCACCUGGCGCAUCCUUAGAAAUCACCGAUGUCACCUGGGAAUCAUCAGCAAUAUGACAGCUCAGAAAGUUGUCAUUCGGCCAGGGUCCAUUGAUGAAAAAAUGAAGACGUUAACGAAAAUGUUUAGCCGGAUUCAUUUAUGGUUGUUGCCAGUAAUUAUUGUAACUUCAAGAUUUCCACACAGCAUAUUAUCCUGUCCUCACCCAUGUGCCUGCUAUGUUAACACUGAAGUCCAUUGCACUUUUCGAUCACUAGCAACAGUACCAACAAGGAUACCAAAACAUGUAGAAAGGAUUAAUUUGGGGUUUAACAGCAUUCAAUCCAUACCUGAAAAUUCAUUUGCUGGGCUUUCAAAACUGGAGAUGCUUUUGAUUCAUAGCAAUGAUGUGCAAAACAUUCCCAAUGGAGCUUUUAAAGACCUGAAUUCUCUGCAGGUUUUCAAAAUGAGCUACAACAAGCUGAAAGUGGUUACCAGUCAUACAUUUCAUGGACUUUCUGGCCUAACUAGAUUACAUGUUGACCAUAAUAAGAUUGAAACUAUCCAUCCUAACGCAUUCAAUGGUUUAACUGCAUUAAGACUGCUUCAUUUAGAAGGAAACCUACUUCACCAGCUUCAUCCCAACACCUUCUGCACUUUCAGUUUUCUAGACUACUUCAGACAAUCAACGUUAAAACAUCUUUAUAUAUCAGACAAUAUGCUUCAAACACUACCAGCUAGUAUGAUUAAAACAAUGCCAUUUCUGGAAAAUCUGUACCUCCAUGGGAACCCCUGGGCUUGUGACUGCCAGCUAAAGUGGUUACUUGAAUGGGAUGAACAAUCAAAUGGUGUGUUAAAAUGUAAGAAGGAUAGAUCAUAUGAAAAUGGACAGCUGUGCCCAAUGUGUUCUACUCCAAAACAUCUCCAAAAUCAAGAAAUUCAGGGUUUAAAGGAUAUGCCCUGUUCGCGUCCUUUUAUCUCCUCCACAUUCAGGAUAAACAACAGUGACACCUCCUCUGAAGAUGAUGAUAAUGAUUUGCCAUCAUUAGAGAUAAAUAAAGGUUUUAUUGGACAUAUUGUUUUAAAUCUGACAGAUGAACAUGGGAAUAACGUCAACUUGGAUUGUCAGAUGAAGGAAACAGAAGACUUCAGCAAAAUUCAGUGGAACCAACUUCAUCCAGAAGAGAUUGAUAUCAACGCAACCUUUGCUGUGGAUUUUGAAUGCCCCAUGACUCGGGAUAACUAUGAAAAAUUAUGGAAACUAAUUGCUUAUUAUAGUGAGGUUCCUGUCAAACUGGAAAGGGAGCUGUUGUUUACAGAUAGCUCCAAAGUUACUUAUAGAUAUAAACAAAAUCUAAACCAUGAUUCCUAUUAUUACACAGGCGUAAAGGCUGUCAUAUCUGCCGAGCCAGAGUGGGUAAUGCAAUCCAUCGUCAAGCUUCAGCUGAAUAGAAGACUGAGCAAUGCUAAGAAAGUUACCCUCUCUUUUUCUACACAACUUUCACAAUCACUUCACACAAAAGAUAUUCAAUAUCCAAAAAACAGUUGGGUUAUGAUAAACAGUAAUGAUCGGACCAAAACAUCUUACAGUGUCAUCAAAGGACAAGUUUGCCAAUUAAACUGCAAUGUGAAGUCUUCAGAAACCCCUACCUACAAAUGGAGUCUGCCAGAUGGGACAACAAUAAAAGCUCCACAUAAUGACCCUAACAAUAGAUAUUCCAUAGGAAUUAGCGGCCAGUUGGUAAUCAAAGCAGCUGAUUUUUCUGAUUCUGGAAUGUACCAUUGUAUCGCCCAAGUAAAUCAUGAGGUAGCCACUUUACCUAUCAGAGUGGUUGUGCAGCCUCCAGCAAAUGAGAUCUCCGAGAGCAAUGUUAAGGUAGUCGCCAAAACCAUUGGUGAACCUAUAACUUUACCUUGCAAUGCCCAUGCCAAUCCGGAUGCUGAUGUUAACUGGAUUUUACCAAACAAUAAUAUUAUUAAUUCAGGGACAAAUAAAACUGGUGCAUACUUUUUAAAUAAUGGUUCCCUCUAUAUUUCAAAUACAAAGCUUACAGAUAGCGGUCUUUAUAGAUGUAUUGCUAUAAAUCAGUAUGGAGAAGACCAUUACAGUGUUCAAGUAACAAUACUGAAAAAGCUUCAGGAACAGCUGAAAAAAGUGACAUUAAUUAAAAAAAGGCCUAUUGUAAAAGUAUCAACAAAAGCAAAGUAUGAUCUAAUAGAUGAUGAUAGGGGUUCAGGAGAGAGAGACAUUGAAGAGGAGAAAGAUAAGUAUUACAAAGUACAGGACAGGGUUAAUAAGGGCAAAGAUAAAGGUUCUUCUGUAGGAAGAGGCCAAGGCAAAUUGAACAGAAAAGAUCGAAAGAAAACUAACACAUGGAAAAAUACAGAAAAAUAUAAAGAGAGUAAUGUGGCUGAAGGAAGAAGGAAAUUUGAAUCUAGGAAAAGAGUAAUUGGAGGCAAUAAGCAGAUUGAUCCUAAGCAAUGGGCCAGCAUUUUAGCCAAGGUCAGAGGGAGAAAUGUUCUAAAAACCACAGAAUUCCCCCUCCUCACCACCCCAAGAGCAACUACUGAACCAGCAUUCACUGAUGAUGUUACAUCACCAUCUUCUCUCCCUAUACCUUCAUCCAUAACAGAAUCAGCAAUUGUUGAAGAAGCAUCAGCUGAUGACGAUGAAUUACUAUAUAUAACAUCUUCGCCAAAAGUAACCAUAAGGCAAUAUGAUGACUUAACAACAUCGCCAGCUGAUACAACUGCAGCAGUGACUAAAGAAGAGUCAUAUGACUAUAAUGAUAUCUCCUUGGAGACAGAAAGUGACGAGUCUAUGGCAACAGAACAACCUGAUUCAGUGAGCACACUUGCCACAUCAAGUUCUGAUAUCUCAACACUUGAAAAUAUUGAUAUAGAGGACACUAUCUACUCAGUAGGUGAGGAGGACUUAAGACCUUUCACGGAAGAAGAAGAUACAAAUACACAGAUAUACGAUACAGAUGACCUUACCGGAACUGUCAGCAGUGAACAAGAAAACCCUAUAUAUGAUUUGUCUACUUUGGAGACUGAAACCUUUGUUACAGAGCAAAAUGUGCCAAUCCAUGAUAUGGAAAAUCAUUUCAUUGACAUCACAACACCUUCCAUUGAUACAACAGAAUUUAGUACAUUUGCAAGGUCCACUGUAUUGAAAUCUACACAAUUUACCCUUGAAGAACCCAUAGUUCCUGAAAAUGAGAAAGAAAAUGAGAUAUAUACCACCACACCAAGCCUUUCAGGAGAAAUAUCUAAUGAUAAUAUAAACCACUGGGAAGUAGAUAAAGAUAUCUCUUCUCCAUCUCCAACCACAACUAGAAUUCCAGAUAAUGAACAAAUUGUUUCUAAAGCCAUAGACAAUAUUAUACCUAAGUUUAGUUUUUCUAUUCCUACCCUAUCUUCUACAACUGCCAGCUACAAUUUGGUACCUAUAUUUUCUGCUCCAGUCACUGAAUAUGUCAGAGAGGAUUCUUUUGAGCCAACUGAAAAAGUUGUGGAUACUAAUGAUAUGCAUGGAUCAGAAAAAUUUUCAGUGGAAACAGGGCAACAAUUAGUGACCACCGCCCUUAAUCCCCAUACUCUUUCUCAUAGUAUUUCCAGUGAUAGAAAACUGGUGACAUCUCCUGUUGUAGAAACAACAACCAUUGGAACAACACCCAUAUAUAGGCAAAUAACAACUACUACCUCCCAGUCUAUAACACAUGGCAACGUCCAGUAUCCUCGAAGAAGAAACCAUGGAAGACGAAAAUUCAGACCAAAUCGCUUUGGACACCGUCAGAAUCAGAUUGUUCCUACAGUGCCUUCUUAUAGGGAUGUAAAUGUUAUCACUCAGAAAUCUUUUGUAAUGGAAUCUGAAGUCAAGACCACUAAACUGUUUAGUCACCCUCUAGAUAAUAGCAUUCAUCAGCCUGCUGAAAUUACACAGCCAGCAGUUAAAUUAACAACAUCUAAUCCAACAGUGCCCCAAAUUUCAGCAAAUGGUAUGUCAAGACAUAUUCAAUUUACUACUCCUGCAGCCGAAACACAAACAUUUAAAACAUUGGAAUCACCACUAGUUGCACCUGUUACAAUUAUGGCAGAACAAGUAUCAGAUGCCACACCUAGCUCAAGACAUGCACAAGAAUAUAUAACAAAGUCAAGCAAAAAUAUAAUAGCAAUUGAAGCAGAACAGCCUUUUUCUUAUACUACCACACCAAGUUACUCCAUUACAUACUCACCUCCAUCAUUGCCUGCAACAGAUUCAGAUACUUCAAAAGAUGCUGAUGUAGAAGUCUAUAUAGAUGUAGAUCAGCCAGUUGUAACAGAGUCAUCACAAGUACCUGUAGAGAAACUACAAGUGACUACUCAUGCUGUUCAGAUUGAAAAUGUAUCAAAAGAUUUAAAUAAUAGACAGAACAAGAUUCUUGAUAGGACCACAAUGUUGCCAGUACAGGUCACACAGACAACUGACCACUUCAUAAAAUAUUUUAACAAUGCAGAAAAAGGACCUAAGCAGCUUCCUACCUCAACAGCAGUAAAAACAACACAAACAAUGACAACCACUGUUAGUAAGGAAGAAAACGAUCACAGAACAUUGUUAUUCCAUUCAGGAAGUAAAGAAAAACUAGGCAAGCCAGUUGAGAAUACAACACCUAAUCCUGGAAGACAAACAAAUGUGUUUGCUUUUACAAAAAAAGCCUUUUUCCCCACAACAUACUUUCACCAAAGGUCCACAGAUAUGCAGUUUGUACCUACUCAACCAUCAUUUUCUAGGAAAACCAUUGAUCAGGACGCUGUAAAUCAGUUUGCCUCAACGGAAACAACAAAACUUGUGCAAUCAAAUAACCCCUCAAAAUUAAAUGAACUAGAUCCAUAUUCUUCCAUCAAAAACAAAAUAUUUGUUCAGCCAAAGCAGGAAAACAUUAAAGAUAUCCAUACCACAAGAUCAAAUAACAGCCUUCUUUAUAACACCAAAUAUCAUCAUAAACCCAGAGUAGUGAAUAACCAUCAUCAUGCAGUAGUUCCACCGUAUUACAAUCCUUCAAGAGCUACUAUAAGACCACCUUUAAUUGGAACUCAUGGACCUCUUCGCUACUUUAUUACUAAUCAGCCUCCUUCAGUAACAAAUAAACCAGAAAUAACAGCUUACACAGCUCAAGAAAGAAAAACCUAUACACCAUUUAUUUCAACCACCCUGCCAGCUACAACAACUACAACAGUGAUUCCAUUAUUCAGGCCAAGGCCAGCAACACCAAAUAAAUAUAACCAAGGACAACGAAUAACACCGUAUUACAGGCCAUUUGGUAAUAAUGUUAUUACUAAUGGUAAAGGCACCGCAAUACGAUUUCCUUAUCAAGUAAAUCCAUACUACAUAAACCCAAGAAACCCUUAUCGUUUUAAUAGAACAAGUCAUUUUCAGUUUACUGUGACAUCCAAACCAAAUAUUCCAUCAUUUGUAGUCCCAGACAAUGUAACGCCUAGAACUUUUACUACAACAUUGAUCACAACACCAAUAACUACCACAUCCCCUGCUCCAGCUGUGACCAAAGUCUUAACAACAUCAACAACGUUAGCUGUGACAACUUCACCUUAUAUUGCACAAACCCGAAUGCCACAGAUUAGCCAUACAUUACAUCCGUACUGGUAUUAUAUUAAUGUUAAUCAAAGACCUCGAUUUACAAUUGGUAAAACAGAAGCAACACCUCAACCUCCUGUUAUCGCCAGAGUCCAAGAAAGUAAACCAAGUAUUAUAACCACUGGCCUACAGUUUGUAUCUCUGCCAUAUGAAAUUAAUGCUAUUUUUGCAUGUGAAACUACUGGUGAGCCUAAGCCCGUCAUUACAUGGACAAAACUUGCCACAGGUGCAGUCAUGACGUCAAGCACCAGAAUACAGCGAUUUGAAGUCUUGGAUAAUGGUACUUUGCAUAUCCAGAACCUUCAGCUACAGGACCGUGGACAGUAUAUGUGUACAGCACAGAACAAGCAUGGCAUUGACAAGAUGACUGUUACUUUGGCUGUCAUUGCUCAGCAACCCAAAAUGUUGUCAUCUCGAUACAAGGAUAUUUUAAUUUAUCUUGGAGAUACAAUCAUAAUGGACUGUAAUUCCACUGGAAUACCGACUCCUCAAAUUUCUUGGAUAUUGCCUGAUCGGAGAAUAGUACGGACAGUUUCCUUAGCAGAGUCUCAUAUCAUGCUUUUACCUAAUGGAAGCUUAUCUAUUAAAGAGGUUACUUUCCCAGACCGAGGAAGCUACAAAUGUGUUGCAAGCAAUGUGGCAGGAGCUGACAGUUUGACUGUUAAGCUUCAAGUAUCACCCUUGCCUCCCUUAAUUCAACAGGAAAAAGUGGAAAAUAUUUCUCUGCCUCAGGGUCACAGCAUAUUUAUCCACUGCUCAGCGAAAGGUGCUCCUCCACCUACUAUUCGAUGGGUGCUUUCAGAUGGAACCCAGGUUAGGCCAUCCCAGUUUGCAAAUGGAAACUUGUUUGUUUUCCCUAAUGGAACACUCUACAUAAGAAAUAGCUCACCAAAAGACAUUGGGAAAUAUGAGUGCAUAGCUGCAAAUGUUGUGGGUGCUACCAGGAGAAUAGUACAUUUAGAUGUAAAUAAAUAUCCAUUAAAUGCUAAAAUUACUGCAAGCUCUCCCCAGAAAACAGAUGUGUCUUAUGGUGGAAACCUACGCUUAGACUGCAGUGCAGCAGGAGAUCCUUGGCCAAGAAUAAUGUGGAGACUUCCAUCUAAACGUCUGGUAGAUUCUUUUUUCAGUUUUGACUCCAGAAUCAAAACUUUCGCAAAUGGAACUCUCAUCAUCUACUCUGUGACUGAAAAAGAUGCCGGAGAUUAUUUGUGCAUGGCAAGGAACAAGCUUGGCGAUGACUAUAUGGUGCUUAAAGUAAAUGUCAUGAUGAAGCCUGCCAAGAUUCAGUUUAAAAAUGAGGUUGACCACAAAGUCACAUAUGGAGGAGAUCUAAAGGUGGAUUGUGUUGCUACGGGUGUUCCAAAUCCAGAGAUUUCAUGGAGUCUUCCAGAUGGAAGUAUGAUUAAUAAUGAUAUGCAAUCAGAUGACAGUGGGACAAGAACACGAAGAUACGUUGUAUUUCAUAAUGGAACCUUGUACUUCAAUGAAGUUGGAAUGAAAGAGGAAGGUGACUAUACAUGCUAUGCUGUGAACCAAGUUGGAAAAGAUGAGAUGAGGGUGAGUGUUAAAAUAGUGGCGGAAAAACCAACUAUUAAGAACAAAACUUAUUCCAUUGUUAACGUGCCAUAUGGAGAUGUUAUCACUGUUUCAUGUGAAGCCAAAGGAGAGCCUGUUCCAAAAAUAACAUGGCUCUCCCCAGCCAGUCGACCCAUACCUACAUCAUCAGACAAGUAUCUUAUUUACCAAGAUGGUACUCUUUUAAUCCAGAAAGCUCAACGAUCUGAUAGUGGAAACUAUACGUGUCUAGCACAGAAUAAUGGUGGGGAGGAUAAAAAGGUAGUGCAAAUUCAGGUAAAUGUCCUCCCUCCCAAAAUCAAUGGAUAUUCUGACAACAUUUUGACAGUUAAAGAAUCUGCAAUGAAAGAUACUCGCUUGCUCAUAGACUGCAAAGCUGAAGGAAUUCCGACACCCCGUGUCAUGUGGGCUUUUCCUGAAGGAGUAAUCCUUCCUGCUCCUUACUAUGGAAAUAGAAUUACCGUCCAUCGGAAUGGAACCCUUGACAUUAAAGUUCUUAGGAAAACUGAUUCAGUGCAGUUGGUAUGUAUGGCAAGGAAUGAAGGAGGGGAGGCAAAAUUAGUAGCACAACUGACAGUCACUGAACCAGCAGUAAAACCUCAAUUUACCAGUGACAAUGAAAAUAUUGUUGUGUCUGAGGGUCAGGUUGGUACGCUUAAUUGCUCAGCUGUAGGGAUACCACAGCCUCAUCUUAUAUGGAUUCUCCCUAACGGAACAGAGAUUAACAGUGGUAGUCACUUCCACAAACUGUUUCACAAGCAGGAUGGCACAUUGCACAUUAGCUCUGUAGCAUUUGCUGAUGGAGGAACCUACCGUUGUAGAGCUGUAAACAUAGCUGGAUCCACAGACAAACUGGUCACUUUGCAGAUUGGACGAAAACCACAAAUGAGUAGCAAUUAUAAUAACCUAGUAAGCAUAAUCAAUGGAGAGACCUUACAGCUUCACUGCACUACACAGGGAGAACCAAGGCCUCAUAUUUCUUGGACACUUCCAAAUGGAAUGGUUAUUGAUGGGCCUCAGGUUAAAGGCCGCAUAUCUCUGUUGCAAAAUGGAACCCUUAUUGUAAAAGACACUUCAGUCUAUGACAGGGGAAGUUACCAAUGCAAAGCAACAACACAGUAUGGUUCAUCUACAAUGAGUGUUCCUGUCAUUGUGAUAGCAUAUCCUCCUCGUAUAACGACCAGUCCUGCACCGGUGAUAUAUUCAAGACCAGGAAGCUCCAUUCAGCUAAAUUGCAUGUCAAUUGGAAUACCAAAAGCUGAGAUUACAUGGGAGCUUCCAGAUAAAUCUCAGUUAACUGCAGGAGCACAGUCCCGCUUGUACGGAAACAAAUUUCUUCAUCCUCAGGGGACUUUAGUUAUUCAGCACUCUUCAAAGAGAGAUACAGGUUAUUACAAAUGCACAGCAAAAAAUAUACUAGGCAGUGACACAAAAUCCACAUAUAUACAUGUAUAUUAAGAUACAUAAAAGCAAUUGUACAGGUAAAAUGCCCGUGACUGCCAUACAAGUGCAAAGUAUACUGUAUCAUUGUUUCCAAUAGACAACCUCCAACUAAUCACAUCUGACAUCUAAGUAUACUCUACAUUCAGUAAACCAUACUAUCUUUUGAAACAAGAAUUAUAAACUAACCAAAGCAAAGAUGUAGAUGUAUGAUAGAUUGAAAGGUUAUAGUUUAAAUACAUAGUUUUUCUUCCUCUUCUGGUAUUUCAUCUGUGUUGAAUUUCUAUUCACAUUUCAGAGACUGUAUCUUAUUGAUGCGUGUGGAUUGGUCUCUGUCAAAUUCUUUU